UUUCCACGGAUCUCAAAAGAAUGAGCUUAUUAAAGUGAACCAUUCGGGGCAGAUUUGCUCUUUAUCUCAUACCGCUCAGAGUAGUGUCUCAGUCUAUGUGUACUUUAUCAACGUAAAGCAUACCUGGCACCUCAAAGUUGAACCGAUAUUUUUACCCUGAGGAUAAAAACUUUGGUGCACCUGUUUGAUUCCCGAAGCCGUGGAGAGUUCCCUGAAGAAAAAAGCCGGAGGACGCUGGAGUGAAGUUGGUGAGGUGGCACUUGGUGAUGGUAGAAUGUUAGGAGAGAUGUCACUCAAAACCAGUUACCAUGGAAACGGCAGAGUUAGCCCCAGAGGAAGUGAUGAAGACAGGGAAGAGAGGCAAACAUAUGUUGUUGAUAUGAACUCCCAAACAUGUGUUGGUCAGUACUUGCAGUCCCCAGAGUCCUGCUUCCAAGAGAGACACUUGCAACCACAAGAUGAUUUGAAUGUCUUUGAGGGGUCAUCUGUUGGAGACUUAAGCCAAGAUUUUUCCUUCUCCCUUGAAAGCUGUGUUAAGUUGGAGAAAAGGUGGAUGCUGUGGUAUCAGUUCAUGAAAGAACAUUCCUGCUUGGACGACUGGCUUCAGUUAGCUGAGAAAAAAGCUGCGUCCCCUAACUCGAGCCAUGUGCUGUAUGUUAUGGCUAAAGAAGAAUUACAAAAGUAUGAGAGCCUUCGUGCUGAAGCCAGAAUACGUUUAAGUCAGGUGGACAGCCUGACCCAGAUGAGCCGAACUCUGGUUGGCCUGUUCAGAGGUGCUAUGGGUGCACGGCUAGUGGAAAUGACUAAGGACUGUGGACAGCGCUGGGACCAGCUCAGCAACACCGUGGACACUGUCUGCCGCCGGUUAAAGCACUUUGUGUGCCAGCGGGAGAAUUUUGAGAGGCAGAGGGAAGAGAUUGCCGUGUGGCUGGCUGAUAUGGACCUCAGGCUGACUGAAGUGGAGCACUUCUCAGGCAAAGACACCUGCUCGAAGAUGCACCAGCUUCAGGGAUUUCAGGAGGCCGUGGGAGAGAGUGCAGACCGACUGAACGAUUUGCUCCAGUGUGGAGAAGAGCUGAUCCAGAGGAGCGAACCGGCUGAUGCCCAGGCCAUUGAGAGCCAGCUGCAGGAUCUCCUGCUUCAAUGUAAUGGUGUCUUUCAGGGCCUGGGCCACCUGCACACACGCCUGCUCAGCAUGAGACUGGUUUUUGAAGAGGACUGGGCUCUGGGUGCUCCGGACUCUGGCUGUCCUUCUGAGAGUGUGCUGGAUGAUGAAUAUUUUGUAGACCAUGCCAUGGCCACUCGGCCUCAGGGCUCUCUUCAUCAGACCAACCAAGACCACCUGGUUCUGGAGUGGGACCCUUCAGUUGACAUUGGUGGUUCCAUGUCCCAUGAUGAUGCAGACUCCUCUUACUUCACUGCAGGUGUGUCUUGCACAGAGGAACUGGCUAAAUAUCCUUUGAGGAGGAGAGUCUACAUAAAUCCUGUGGACUUUCAACCAGACAAUGCUGCUAUCAGUAUCAAACAACCAGGCAUGGAGAGGAGCUUAGAGCAUUCCGCCCCACCCCAGACGCCAGUUAGCAGAGAUUGCAAGCCCCUGUAUCCUGGUCCAUUUAAGACCUCCACACCUGAAACACUGUCUCCUGAGCCUGUGACCUUUGACCUUGAGCGCAUCAGCGCAUGGCUGGGCCAGUCGCACCAACUUUGUUCUAAAGCAGUUCAGACAGAGCAUGUUCCACAGCCCUGCUCCAGUUUUCCAUUUUUGGCAUCCAGAGAUGAGGGGGGAGCUGAGUAUGAAGAGAAUGUGCUCCCCAUGAGGUGCCCCCACCCACAGCAAGCUCUGCACACAUGCUCCUAUCCCCACCCAACUAUGUCAUAUGACCUCCAGCAUCACUCUUAUACACGUCACCAAGACCCACAGAGACUGCAGGAGAGACUUUGUUUCCCUGAUUCACUGGAGGACAACACCCAUACAAAGUUGAGUUGUGAGCCAUGUAAUCCAAAGGCCUCUUCUGGCAGCUCGUGUCAUGGGGGCCCCUGGCUCUUUGGACCCCUAAAGCUUUCUGAAGCGCGAAAGGCCUCUGCAGCACUGUUUGUCAUCUUGUGUGCCCUCCUGCUAGCUGUUAUGAUCUGGCCCUUCAUAUUACACGAUACCCCAUGCCAUUGGUCUAAUACCCUAACACGCUCCUUCCACCUGACCCUACAUUACAAAGGACCCCCUCCCACCUGAUGAAGCAAACUGCAGUUUAUGUAACCAAAAAGCAAAGUGCAGAGUUUAGCAAAUGCAUUCUCAUUAUAGGAUUUUAAAAGGGGUAGUUCAUCCAAAAAUACAAAAUUCUGUAAUUUACGUGCAUGUUGUACCAAAUCUGUAUGUUUUUGUUUACGUGUAACAAAAGGACAUGUUAGACUGAAUGUUAGUAUUUUUCACAGUUCACUUUCUUUUUUUUUUUUUUUUUUUAUAACAACAUGAUGGUAAAUGACAAUUUUCAUUUUCUGGUGAACAAUCCCUUUUUAUUAAAGCAUUUCUCACCUGAAAAUGGUGUUCAGCAGGAGAUUUGCUAAAUCUGUUUGGCUGUUUUGCAGUGCUGCAUAACUAUUAUAAAAGGUUAUACUUGGGUGCCAUCCACAUGCCUUAAAUAUGGUUUGACUCUGGCCAUCAAAGGCCAGGAGUGUAAACCCUACAAAAUGCACUUAAUUCUGCUGACACAAAUUUUCUAAUUUUGUUGGAGUGAAUAGAAUAAAAUGGUAAUAAGAUGGGGGCUCUAGAAGCGUUACUAUUUAAAACGACCUCUUCAAGCAUGUUUACCUGAAUUUUCUAGAAUUUGAUUACAUUUUGCUUAUAAUUCUGGUUGACAUUUUUUGCACAGUUUAAGCAUUUAAUUGUUGGUCAACCAGUUGUUUCUAGCUUUGAUAGAGGCAAAUAAUGAAUAAAAAAAGUCAACUGUAGAAUAUUGAAUAUUUUGUAUGUGUUUUGAAUUCAGCAUUUGCUUGAAUCUUUUUCAUUGCUGUUAAAAACUGUAUAGUUUGAUAUGUUGUUGUACAGAGAGAACUAUAAUUAUUGUACAUUUUCAUAUUGCAAUGAUUUCAUCAUUUAACUGUACUGUAUGCUGUAAUCACUGAAACUUAAAAGGGCAUUCUGCAAAACUACUUUGGACUGAUGUAACUUCCAAAAUACAGAGACAAAAAAAGCUUUAAACCAAAUCCAUGUGCAUCAAUGAUCGGUUUUGCACUUAUGUAUUUUUUUAUGACUUCUAUAAUAAAAGAGACGAGUGAAGA